GCGCUUGCGGACUCCAGUGUCUUUCCGGACGCCACACGUUCGAGACACGCACGCGAGUUUCCCUCUCCCUUUCUCUCUCUCUCUCUCUUUCUCUCUCUCUCUCUCUCUCUCUCUCUCUUCUCCCUCUCUCUCGCUCGCUCUCACUCGACUUCUAGUCCGGACGCCCGGUAUCUCUCUAUCCUCCUCGCCGCGUCUUUCCUCGUGCUGUCUCUCUGCGUUCACCUCCAGGACGACGUCGAAGCACGUCGUGCCCUGCCUCCUCUCGCGGAGCAGGACCAAUAGGAACGCCGCUUCCGGCAACGACGACGCUCCAAUCGGCACACGGCGCCGACGGAUAGACGCUGACGAGCGGCGAUUUUGACAGUCGACACUGUGCUACUCUCCGCGCUCGCGGUUAAUCGGCGCACCGGGACUUGGUAUAUGCUCGAUGUGACUUGAUUCGAGUCCGAGUUCUGGGAUUCGAAAAUCGGAGCAGUGCCCUCCGUCAUCUCGCGGGCUCGCGAAAGUGUUCUCUUCCUCCGUCCAUUGGAAAUAUUGCAUUUUUUUCGGUGAAUUAUAUAUAUAUAUAUUUUUUUUUUUACGGACCUACUGUGAGUGUAAAACGAAGAAGCGAUUUGUCUCGAUGAUUUGAUUCGAGCGAAACGAUAGUCGCAUCCGGAAUUGAAACUCAUCGAACGAGAUUUUACAAAUUACUCUCGCUUUCGAAAUUCGAAAAUAAAUCAUCGCGACGUUCAAACGCGCUCGUUCCGAAACUCGAGUCCACUCGGGAAACGGGCGGACUGCCUCGGUGAACAAUCCAAAAACCCGAGAGAUCGAUCAAAUAAAUUCCUUCACCGAGGAGAGACACGUCGGUCCCGCAUCAUCUCUCUCGCAUUGUGAAUAAUAUAUCUCCGAGGCACAGCGGAGCGUCGUUCUCGCUCCGAUACAAGUGAAAGGAACCUCGCGGAGGACUCGCGCGCGUUUAUCCGCGCUGGACAUUGCGCGGGGAGGAGGGUUGGGGGGGGAGGAAAAAGGGGGUACCGCGAGAGAUAAUUAGAUGCGCGCGUGAGGUAAUCGGAUGAGCUGCGCGAUGGAGUAUCAGCAAUUGGCGCCGCCGCCGGUACCAGCCGGGGUGCUGCACACCCAGGCGCACCAUCCUCCCCAACCUCAGCAUCAGCCGCAGCAACCGGUCCAGCCGCCGCAGCAUCCGCACAUCGUAGUCGCCCCGGCUCAUCAGCAACCCCAGUCCCAGCAACCACCACCGCCACCUCUGCCGCCGACCUCGCACGGCCACCAGGUGCACCCGCCGUUGCCACCCAUCCACGAUGACAGCACCAGUUCCAGGUGGUCCCAGUACCAGCACUUGUGGCGGCAGCAUCAUGUUUACAUGAACGGGAAACAGGGUAAAGAUGGACCAGAGGAAAAGAAGGAUGCGGAUGGCGAACUUUGGGGCAACGUGGAAGCGCAGGCCGCCUUCCUCGGACCUACUCUCUGGGACAAAAGUCUGCCCUACGAUGCCGACCUGAAGGUAUUAAAUCAUUACGUCGAUCUCGAUGAGUUUCUUUCCGAAAACGGCAUCCCCGUCGAUGGUGUGGCUGGUGGUGGACAAGGUGCCAUGCAGGGCAGCCAGCUUCAUAAAAUCAACAAUACCGAGGCCGCAGGACAUCAGGGACCAGCGGGUCUCCACUUGGAACCAGUUACUAAGCGCGAGAGGUCACCAUCGCCGAGCGAAUGUUGCUCGCCGGACACCCUGAACCCACCCUCUCCAGCGGACUCUAAUUCCGAGGACUCGUCACGAAUACAAUAUGGCUUGUCUCUUGUAGCGCUCUCGAUGGCCUCAUCGGGGCGAGACUUCGAUCCACGUACCCGGGCCUUCUCCGACGAGGAGCUCAAACCCCAACCAAUGAUCAAGAAAUCGCGGAAACAGUUCGUUCCGGAUGACUUGAAGGAUGACAAAUACUGGGCGCGUCGUAGGAAGAACAACAUGGCAGCGAAACGAUCGCGAGACGCGCGUCGCAUGAAGGAGAACCAGAUAGCACUCAGGGCCGGCUUCCUCGAGAAAGAGAACAUGGGUCUACGACAGGAGCUGGACCGGUUAAAAAACGAAAACAUGUUGCUGCGCGACAAACUGAGCAAGUACACGGACGUCUAACAUCUCGUCCCCGGUCAUGCAUCAACCCGAGCGAUAUACGAAGAAGAGAGAGAAAGAGAGCCAGAGAAGAAGAGAGAGAGAGAGAGAGAGAGGGAGAAGGAGAGAGAUAGAAAGAGAGAAACAAAUUACGAGGGUGCAUAACACCAGCCGCAGCCCCCUUACAUAUAAUCGCAGCACAUAACAGUCUUCGCGUCUUCACGGAGAAGCCAAGAGGAUGCAGAACACGUUGACGAAUAUCAUCAACUCCCGACCCGACCGCCGCCGUCCUAUGAGAAUCGACAGCACUUCCUGAGAAAUUUCUAAAAGACCUAAUCUGUAUCUUUUUCCCUCUCUUUCUAUUUUCUCGUCUUUCUUUUUCUCUUUUACUUUCGCGAAUAAAAUUCAUAUUAAGUCCUCGCUCCUUGUCCCCGGCUCUAGAGGAAAACUCCUUCUCUUGUAAAUAGUUAUAUGUAUAGUUAGAUUAUACACACACACAUACAUACGUACAACACAACACACAUACGUACGUGCGCGCGUUAUAUAUAUAUAUAUAUAUAUAUAUAUAUAUAUAUAUAUAAAAAGAAGAAAAGAAUUAUAUAUGUAUACGUACACAUACAAAUAUACACACGAGUAUCUGCAUCUAAGGAAGGGGAUCAUAAUAAUGUCACUCUCGUACAUAAAUUUGCGGAUGCAGCGCUCGACGAGACACGUCGAUUUCGCGAUGAAUCUUUUAGAUUUGAGUCGUCUAUUUCGAAAAAAAAAUUGGAUUAUUGCGAGAGUCGGCUAUUAGGCAACAAGAUUCGAGAUUUGUAGUUUUCAUUCGGCGAAUCUCGUCGGCGUUGAGCACUGCCAAAAUAAACAUACGUAAAGAAGCUGUAUCGUUCGAUUAUAUAGUCGACAUGGAGCGGAGGCGAGCGAAGGUUGGGAGAACACGACGCUUUUCUGCGCACGGGUUAAUUAUCCUGGUUCUCCGAGAAUGCGUUAAUUACUGUAGCGUAUCCCACGUGGUGAUGGUACACAAGUGAUUCUAGUUGUUUUAAUCAUAAGAUAGAUGAUAUAUACGUGUUUCGUUUUUUUCAAAGCUUCUCUCUCUCUCUCUCUCUCUCAUUCUCACUCGCUCACUCUCGAUCUACCUAUCUAUCUCUAUUAAUAGCAUGUAGCGAAUCAAUCCGGCCACGCGAGAAGUGCGCGAAAGGCGUCGCGACGCGACUCCAUUCUUUUCUUCUUUCGUAAAAUCGCCCAACGUCGGCGGCUCGGGAUACGAACAAUGAAAUGGUCCCGAAAAAUAUCCCGAGAUAUCCUUCUGCCGCGUAGCGAACAAAUUUUGUACAGGAUGUCCUCUUGUAAAAUAUAUUUUAAGAUACAUCGAGUCAUCCUGACGAUUACGUAGCUGCGUCUUUGACGGGAUUUGUAAUCAACGCGGGAAGCUAUAAAGACAAAUAUGGAAUGAAACGUACCGUGUAUCCGACGAUCGGAACAGCCUCUAAUGAUACAGAUGGGCGCGUGCAUCGUCGAUGUUAAACGUAGGCGUCGUCGUAAGUGAAAAGAAAAAAAAAUGUUACACGACAAACAAAGAAUACGAGUACCAUCAGUGCUCAAACGUAAAAGCUAGUUGCACCGGCUCGCGUGUUGCGCUGGCUCCUUCCUUUCCCGCCUCUCUUCUCUUUUUAAGUUUUUAGAUGUUUAUUUUUCCAUCACCGUGAGAGCGUCGGUGACGGUGAUCGAGAGAGCAAAAGUCGAAAAGAAACCGACCAGAAGACAUGCGCUUUUUUUGUG